GCCCGCAUGUACAACAUGAUGGAGACGGAGCUGAAGCCGCCGGGCCCGCAGCAAACUUCGGGGGGCGGCGGCGGCGGCGGCGGCGGCAACUCCACCGCGGCGGCGGCGGGCGGCAACCAGAAGAACAGCCCGGACCGCGUCAAGCGGCCCAUGAACGCCUUCAUGGUGUGGUCCCGCGGGCAGCGGCGCAAGAUGGCCCAGGAGAACCCCAAGAUGCACAACUCGGAGAUCAGCAAGCGCCUGGGCGCCGAGUGGAAACUUUUGUCGGAGACGGAGAAGCGGCCGUUCAUCGACGAGGCCAAGCGGCUGCGAGCGCUGCACAUGAAGGAGCACCCGGAUUAUAAAUACCGGCCCCGGCGGAAAACCAAGACGCUCAUGAAGAAGGAUAAGUACACACUGCCCGGCGGGCUGCUGGCUCCGGGCGGCAACAGCAUGGCGAGCGGGGUCGGGGUGGGCGCCGGCCUGGGCGCGGGCGUGAACCAGCGCAUGGACAGCUACGCGCACAUGAACGGCUGGAGCAACGGCAGCUACAGCAUGAUGCAGGACCAGCUGGGCUACCCGCAGCACCCGGGCCUCAACGCGCACGGCGCCGCGCAGAUGCAGCCCAUGCACCGCUACGACGUGAGCGCCCUGCAGUACAACUCCAUGACCAGCUCGCAGACCUACAUGAACGGCUCGCCCACCUACAGCAUGUCCUACUCGCAGCAGGGCACUCCUGGCAUGGCGCUUGGCUCCAUGGGCUCGGUGGUCAAGUCCGAGGCCAGCUCCAGCCCCCCCGUGGUUACCUCUUCCUCCCACUCCAGGGCGCCCUGCCAGGCCGGGGACCUCCGGGACAUGAUCAGCAUGUACCUCCCCGGCGCCGAGGUGCCGGAGCCCGCCGCCCCCAGCAGACUUCACAUGUCCCAGCACUACCAGAGCGGCCCGGUGCCCGGCACGGCCAUUAACGGCACACUGCCCCUCUCGCACAUGUGAGGGCUGGACAGUGAACUAGAGGGGGGGAGGAAUUUUCAAAGAAGAACGAGGGAAAUGGGAGGAGAGUAAGAAACAGCAUGGAGAAAAAAAAACCCGGUACGCUCAAAAAAAAAAAAAAAAGUCAUCACCCGCAGCAAAUGACAGCUGCAAAAGAGAACACCAAUCCCAUCCACACUCACGCAAAAACCGCGAUGCCGACGAGAAAACUUUUAUGAGAGAUCCUGGACUUCUUUUUGGGGGACUAUUUUUGU